GGCUCGUGGGAGUGCAGCUCUCGGCCUGCAGUAGCCCCCCCGGGGCAGCUCUCCCAGGGUUGGUAGGGAGCCAGGGCAGACUCUCCUAGUCGUGGGUUCACAGCGGGGGGCAGUGACGUGGGGCACUCAGCUGGCACGCACAUGCUGGGCCCUCCUGUCGUAAAUCGCAGCCCUUCCUGCUGGCCGUGGGACCUCGGGGCCAGGACGUCGCCGUGUCAGGCCUCAGUUUAUAGCGAGAGCCUGCACCUCAUGGGCUUGCGCUAUCGCCCUGGGUGCAGCUUGUAACUGCUACUCUUAUUGGCAGCCGUCCUUGAGCUUCAGUGGGCCGCCGCUCUGGGGGCGCCCUUGCCCCAGCCCUCCAGCGCUGUCCCCUCGUGACGCGGGCCCCCUAGGCCUCCAAGCUGUGGUCAGCAGCCUCGGGUGACCCGACUGAGAGGAAGGCGGAAGUGGGGACGGCUUGCAUCUGCGGGAAGGGGGUUGACCCGUUAAGCGCUCGUGGGUGUGUGCAUAUCAGUGUACACGGGGUAGGUGUGGGCUCUGCAGACACUCACCAGCCUGUGUCCCGUGGACAUGCCUGUAGGUCUGUGGGAGUGUGUGCACUCUGAGUCAGCCCUGGGCCUGUGGACACUCGGGGAGCUGCUCUCCACGUCCAGAUUGCUGGGCGUGAGUGUGUGUGUGCCAUGGGCACCUCGGGCAUCCCUGGGUUGCCUCUGGGGAAGCAGUAAGCAGUUCGGCCCUGGAGUGGUGCUGAGAAGAAGGCCCCUUAGAUGCCCCAGAGCUGGCCCUGCGCAGUGGGUGCUGGGAGCUGGCAGGAAAGAGGAAGUGGCGGGUGGGGGGCCCUGGCAGGCCAAGGCUCAGGAAGAGGGCGGGGCCCUCCGCGGGACCCAGGAUGGCGGAGGCUGGUCCCGCUUCAGACCCGGAGCUGGAGAGCGAGCCUCGCAGCUGGUCCCUGCUGGAGCAGCUGGGGCUGGCGGGCGCGGACCUGGCGGCCCCCGCGGCGCAGCAGCAGCUGGAGCGGGAGCGGGAGCGGCUGCGGCGGGAAAUCCGCAAGGAGCUGAAGCUGAAGGAGGGCGCCGAGAACCUGCGCCGGGCCACCACCGACCUGGGCCGCAGCCUGGGCCCCGUGGAGCUGCUGCUGCGCGGCUCUGCGCGCCGCCUGGACCUGUUGCACCAGCAGCUGCAGGAGCUGCACGCGCACGUGGUGCUGCCCGAGCCCGCGGCGCGCGAUGCCCCCCAACCCCCCGGGACGGGCGGCUCGGCCUGCUCGGCCGCCAGCCUGAGCCGCGUGGCCGGCCUGGAGAAGCAGCUGGCCAUCGAGCUGAAGGUGAAGCAAGGGGCGGAGAACAUGAUCCAGACAUACAGCAACGGCAGCACCAAGGACCGGAAGCUGCUGCUGACAGCCCAGCAGAUGCUGCAGGACAGCAAGACCAAGAUCGACAUCAUCCGCAUGCAGCUCCGCCGGGCGCUGCAGGCCGGCCAACUGGAGAGCCAGGCCGCCCCAGACGAGGCCCAAGGGAGUCCGGACCUGGGGGCCGUGGAGCUGCGCAUUGAGGAGCUGCGGCACCACUUCCGAGUCGAGCACGCGGUGGCCGAGGGUGCCAAGAACGUGCUGCGCCUGCUCAGUGCCGCCAAGGCCCCGGACCGCAAGGCGGUCAGCGAGGCCCAGGAGAAGCUGACCGAGUCCAACCAGAAGCUGGGGCUGCUCCGGGAGGCCCUGGAGCGGAGGCUCGGGGAGCUGCCCGCCGACCACCCCAAGGGGCGGCUGCUGCGCGAGGAGCUCGCGGCGGCCUCGUCCGCAGCCUUCAGUGCCCGCCUGGCCGGGCCCUUCCCCGCCACGCACUACAGCACCCUGUGCAAGCCCGCGCCGCUCACAGGGACCCUGGAGGUGCGCGUGGUGGGCUGCAGGGACCUUCCAGAGACCAUCCCGUGGAACCCCUCACCCUCGGUGGGGGGAUCUGGGACCCCCGACAGCCGCACCCCCUUCCUGAGCCGUCCAGCCAAGGGCCUUUACAGCCGGAGUGGAAGCCUCAGUGGCCGGAGCAGCCUCAAAGCGGAAGCUGAGAAUACGAGCGAGGUCUGCACCAUGCUCAAGCUGGACAACACAGUGGUGGGGCAGACGUCCUGGAAGCCAUGUGGCCUCAGCGCCUGGGACCAGUGCUUCACCCUGGAGCUGGAGCGGGCCCGGGAACUGGAGCUGGCCGUGUUCUGGCGGGACCAGCGGGGCCUGUGCGCCCUCAAAUUCCUGAAGUUGGAGGAUUUCCUGGACAACGAGAGGCACGAGGUGCAGCUGGACAUGGAACCCCAGGGCUGCCUUGUGGCCGAGGUCACCUUCCACAACCCUGUCAUUGAGAGGAUACCCCGGCUCCGGAGGCAGAAGAAGAUCUUCUCCAAGCAGCAAGGGAAAGCGUUCCAGCACGCCAGGCAGAUGAACAUCGACGUGGCCACCUGGGUGCGGCUGCUUCGAAGGCUCAUCCCCAAUGCCACGGCCACGGGCACCUUCAGCCCUGGGGCUUCUCCUGGACCCGAGGCCCGGCCCACGGGCGACAUAUCCGUGGAGAAGCUGAGUCUGGGGGCUGACUGGGACAGCUCACCCCAGAGGAGCCCUCGGGGUCCUCCUUCCAGCCCGUCGAGUCUGAGGUCCCCGAUCCAGGAAAUGACCGCCACUCCCGACCGCCCUCCUUCAGAGGCCCAGGAGACCCCAGGCCCCACCCUGUGCAGCCCUCUGCGGAAGUCGCCCCUGACCCUCGAGGACUUCAAGUUCCUGGCAGUGCUGGGCAGAGGGCACUUUGGGAAGGUGCUGCUCUCUGAACUCCAGCCCAGCGGGGAGCUGUUCGCCAUCAAGGCUUUGAAGAAAGGGGACAUUGUGGCGCGGGACGAGGUGGAGAGCCUGAUGUGUGAGAAGCGGAUCCUGGCAGCGGUGACCAGCGCGGGCCACCCCUUCCUGGUGAACCUGUUCGGCUGUUUCCAGACGCCGGAGCACGUGUGCUUCGUGAUGGAGUACUCGGCCGGCGGGGACCUGAUGCUGCACAUCCACAGCGACGUGUUCUCUGAGCCCCGCGCCGUCUUUUACUCCGCCUGUGUGGUGCUGGGGCUGCAGUUUCUGCACGAACACAAGAUCGUCUACAGGGACCUGAAGUUGGACAACUUGCUCCUGGACACGGAGGGCUACGUCAAGAUCGCAGACUUCGGCCUCUGCAAGGAGGGCAUGGGCUACGGCGACCGGACCAGCACGUUCUGCGGGACCCCCGAGUUCCUGGCGCCCGAGGUGCUGACGGACACGUCGUACACGCGCGCGGUGGACUGGUGGGGCCUGGGCGUGCUGCUCUACGAGAUGCUGGUCGGGGAGUCCCCCUUCCCAGGGGACGACGAGGAGGAGGUGUUCGACAGCAUUGUCAACGACGAGGUGCGCUACCCGCGCUUCCUGUCGGCCGAGGCCGUGGGCAUCAUGCGCAGGCUGCUGCGGAGGAACCCGGAGCGGAGGUUGGGGUCCAGCGAGAAGGACGCAGAGGACGUGAAGAAACAGCCCUUCUUCAGGACCCUGGGCUGGGACGCCCUGCUGGCCCGGCGCCUGCCGCCGCCCUUCGUGCCCACGCUGUCCGGCCGCACCGACGUGAGCAACUUCGACGAGGAGUUCACGGGCGAGGCGCCCACGCUGAGCCCGCCCCGCGACGCGCGGCCGCUCUCGGCCAAGGAGCAGGCCGCCUUCCGGGACUUCGACUUCGUGGCCGGGGGCUGCUAGCCCGCCCCGCCCAGCCACCCGCCCAGCCACCCACCCAGCUGUUCGUAGUUUUUAAAAAGGCCUUUGGGGUUUGCCCCAUCCAUGCAUCCUCGGCUCCUCUUGC